UAUGGAGGGGGGUGUCGCCAUAUUACAGCUGUAUGGGUGUGUUGGGGGUCAUUGUCAGUCGUUGUGAGUGAUUUGUUUAUGUGAUGGGUAUUGCCUUACCAUGACGGUCGAUUUUGGUGAUUAUUUCUGGGGAGAGAAGAACAAUGGCUUCACUGUUCUUUAUCAGAAUAUGAAACAUGGUUUGGUUGCAAGCAAAGAAUUUGCCGACUUCCUCAGGGAAAGAUCUAACAUUGAAGAAAAUAAUUCAAAGUUAUUGGCUAAGUUAGCUAAGCAAACAAGUUCUGGCAGUGUGCAAGGGACAUUUGCUCCAGUUUGGCAAGUUCUCCGCUCUUCAGCAGAGAAACUGUCAAAUUUGCACAUGCAGAUGGUACAGAAAGUUACUGAACUGGUGAAGGAAGUUAGCAAAUAUGCCGAAGAACUUCAUAAAAAACAUAAAUUGGUUAAAGAGGAAGAAGGAAGCACAUUGGAAGUGGUCCAAGCUAUACAGUCAACGACCUUGAUACUACAAAAGGCUAAGGAUACAUACACACAAAGGGGCUUGGAAUAUGAAAAAUUAAAGAAAGAAAAUGCAUCACCUAAGGAUCUGGAGAAAGCAGAAAUAAAACUUAAGAAGGCGCAAGAAGAGUAUAAAGCAUUGAUAGAAAAAUACAAGAUGAUUAAAGAGGAAUUUGAGAGGAAAAUGAUAUUGGCUUGCAGGCAUUUUCAAGAAAUUGAGGAAGCUCAUGUGAAACAGAUGAAAGAAUUUCUCAAUACUUACGCUGACGAUCUGCAGCACAACCAUGACCUCAUUGGACAGAUACAUAUUGACUUCAAACGCCAGUGUUUGGAAAUGACUGUUGAAAAACUACUUGAACAGUUCGUUUUGACGAAGUACACUGGCUUGGAAAGACCAUGUGCAAUUGAAUUUGAGGAGUUUAGUAUAUCAGGGCUUUCAUCCAUAACUAGUCAGGCGCAGGAUUCCUCAGAAAAAACAACAAAUGGUGAAAAGCCUUCAAAGAAAGAAGGUAAUCUAGAUUGUGCUGCUCAGAAGCCCAAAGAAAGCAAAACAUCCCGCCGCACUACCUCCCUUCUGAACCUCUUCAUGUCUAGCUCCCAGGGAAGCAGUGGGAACCCUGAGGGUGGGAGUCUUCCCACCUCAGCUCCCACGAGCCCAACGACUGGGGCCGGGGUUCCUCCCACUGGGAAUGCAACUUCGCUAGCACGGAACCCUUUGCGAGGAUCAAAGUGGUUUUUAAGAAGCAGGCGUGAGAAGCGUAAGGAAAAGAAAGCGAAAAAGAAGAAAGAUGGCAUGGAUAACACUAGUAGUAAAGAAGAAAAGUCAGAUGUAAAGAAUGGAAGUCUUGAUGCUUCCAGGGAAGACAAGGAUGACAAUAGGAAGUCAGAGACACCAACUCCUGAAGUGGAUGAGGAGGGCUACUGUAUCAAACCUAAACCGGAUCCUUGGGAAAAUGAUAAAGGGAGCUUUUAUUCGAGCUCAGACACUGAUUCAGACGAUGAAAGAGAACACAAAAUUCAUGUGGAAAUCAAACCAUUAAGCAACGGGUCUGCUCCAAUGAGUGCCAGUGUUGAUGAGCUCCGUGCAACGGUGGAAAACUUGUCUCUUUCACCAGUUGCUACAGUUACAGCAAGAAGAGAUUCAGCUGCUGACCCAGACUCUCACAUCAAACGCUCCCAGUCUGUAUCUCAACAGCUAGGAGGGAAACCAAGUAGUGAUCUUUUGGGAUUGAAUCUCUUCCAAAGUCCGACUGCAUCUAGUGCCUCAACCCCAACAGGGAAUCAUCCAUAUGCACCACUACACAGCCCAACGCAGCCAACAGUUAGCAGUCCAGCUCCAUCAACAUCAUCAUCACGCUAUGCAGAUCUGGGAGAUCUUUUCUCUGAAGUUGGGGAAAUGCAACAGCCAGCCUUACCACCAAAGCAGUCGCGGCAGACACCUACACCCACACAGGGCACCAUUGCAAUUCCAAGGCCACCAUCAAGACGAGGAGAGGGUCCGUCUACGCGUGGGAGAAUGAGUCCAGCUCCAAUUGCCCGUGCGGAUAGUGUUGGGAGCUUGGAGUUCCGCACAGCUGGCGUUCCAGUAGGAUCAUCACGAGGACCAUCACCCCUUACUAUUGGAAUGGCUGACACCAUACCACUUGCUGUUGCAUUUCAUGAAAUUGUCCACUCCUACUUUAGAGGGACAGAUGAAACAAAGUGCCAGGUGAAGUUGUCUGGUGACAUGAUGCUCUCAUUCCCUGCUGGAAUUGUGGCUGUACUAGCUAACAAUCCAAGUCCUGCCCAAUUAUCAUUCCGAAUUCGUAACACUCAUAGGCUUGAGGACAUGCUGCCCAAUAAACAGCUCGUCACAAUAGACUCUGCCCAGUCAAGUCACGACAGUACAGUAUUUGAUUUCAACAUGAAUGCAUUAACAGCUCUACUUCGAAGGCAGUCGGAUCAGAACCCGUCAGCAUCCUACUUUAAUGUAGAUAUUUUGAAGUACAAGAUAAAGCCAAAGAGUGGAGCAGGGUCCUGUCCAUUCCAGCUGGUAGCUUAUUGGAAAUGUGAAUCGAGCCAUACUGACCUCAGAAUUGACUACAAAUACAACAGUCAUGCUAUGUCUUCAGCCUCACCUCUACUGAAUCUCACUGUAGCUGUUCCAGUUGAUGGUGGUGUCAAAAACAUGCAAUCUAAGCCAAAUGCUCAAUGGCAGCCAGAAAAUAAUCGUGCUUUAUGGAAAUUCACGGAACUCUCCCAACAUAGUGAAAAUCAUGGUGUUGGUUCCCUGAGGGCACGUUUGGAAGUGACUAAUGGUCCAAGUAAUCAGAGCACUAUAGCAACACAAUUUAAUUGUGAAGGUACUACUCUGUCGGGCUUAGAGUUUGAGCUGGUUGGUGCAGGCUACAGACUGUCACUUGUGAAACGAAGAUUUGUCUCAGGCAAGUAUAUAUGUGAUGGUGACCCUGACCCAAGGAAUAGGUAUGCAACUCCACCAGGAUCAGAAUGCUAGCAGCUGUGCUGUUUCUUGGAAACUCAUAAGUUCCAUACUUGUUUAGUUCCAGUGACUGUGUGUGUCAGUGAAUAUGGAGUGUAUGUGAGAAAACCUAUUGAGUGAUAUGAAAAUUUGCAGUUGUGUAUUUGAAAAAGUCAAAGUACCAAAUUGACUGUUUGUAAUAAUCUAAGUCAUACCUCAACAUUUAUUUUAUCAUAAAGAGUAUUUUAAAUUCAUUGUAAAAUGAUGUGUACAAUAAUGCUGUUACUAUGAAAGGCAUUUCAGGUAAAACCUUUCAAAAUACAUAACUGGUCCUUAUGAAAUGGACUGUGAUUCCUUGAGGCUAACUGAGGAAAAAAAAGAGUGAAUGGAUGUCAUUGACGAUGUGCAGUUGGGUGAAUUUAUACCACAGUUUAAACAUUAGAUAAGUUGACUCAUGUAUUUAAAAAGUGAAAUGGCUAUUUUAUAAGUAUUUAAAUCCAAAUCUGAUUUUUUUAACAUGUAUGAAACACACUGAAAAUUGUUGGCAUUUUUAUUCUGCCUUAAUUUACAUUCUUAUAUUUAUACUAAACAAUGAGAAAUAUUGAACAGAUAGGCACUAAGGCAGCAGAACAAUGCAAUGCAGUUCUUUAAAAUUUCUAGUAUUCCGCCUAUAAUCAGCUCUUAUCUUUGUUUUACUCUUUCUUUUUUUAUGUUAUUCUGUUGCUUGUGUGUAUUGCAGUGCAAAGAGUAUAUAUUUUCCUUUCUUUAUUUUUUUCCUUUAGUGACAAGAAAUCUCAUUUAAUGGUGCAAAUUUUAGUGGUAUACAUGUAGAGACUUAUUUCCUAAAUCAAAAUAUGUUCUGGGUUAUUUGUUUCAUAUCUGUGUCAUGUUGUGUAGUUAUCAGACUGAAAUAAUUAAUUUUCAGAGAAGUGUAACUAUUUGAAAUGUGAUAUUUUUUAAUCGUUAUAAAGUUUAAAUGUAACUUAAGAUUCCUGUAUAAGGUACUACACACAUUUACUUCAGGUUAUAAGUACAUUGAAAAAUUACAAACUAACAAAAAGGCUGAAUGUAUUGUUGAAUGAGAAAUAAUAUAUAUAAUAUCUCUCUCCACCACUCAUCCUCCAUCCUCCAUCCUCCAUCCUCCUCCUCCUCCUCCUCCUCCCCUCCCAUGCUUGUCAGUUGUCAGUAUUUAGAUAUAUGGUUUGCAUUUACUCUGGCUGAAUACAGAUGUUCACUUUCUAAAUGUAAUACUACAGCUGCACAGUUUUAAAUUUUGUGUCUUAAGGAUAUCAUCAUAUACGUUUUUGAGACAACAUAACUUGAUGGUAUCAUCAAGAAAUUUCUGUCAAAUACACAGGUUCCCAUACCCAGCUGUAUGAACUAUUAAAAAGUGAAUCAUGCCAGUGGGAAUAAAUGACAGUUAAGCUUAAGUAUCUUUACUAAGACAGUUUCAAUCUGUGUGUCCAUCACAUGGGAAAUCAGUUCUGUUGCAUAUGUUGCCUUUCAAGAACAUUACCUCUUCAUAUGUGUAACUUUUUGAUGGUUUGUAAUUCUUGGUAUUUAUACCAAUUACUGCAUUAAAAAUUUUUAUGUAAUCAAAUCUGGAUUGAAACAGUGCCUUAAAAAGGCAGAAAGUGUAAUUAUUUAAUGCUAGUUCACUCUGCAUUUUUUGUCCUUAAAUGUAUUUCAUGUGUACUGUUUACUGUCAAAUGUCAGUAUCAGGACUGUGUAAAAGUUUGGUGCUGAUUUUUCUCUGUUUGAAAAUUGACAAGAUGGUCUAAGCUUUUUUUCUAACUAGGAAAUAGUGUAACUCCGUACCUUUUCUAAGGUUUAAGUGUAACAGUCGCCAAGAGACUAAGUGUAAAAACUGAAGUACUAGUUUGCAUAUAAAUGGUGCCCUGCUUUCCUUGAGGAAUGAAAUUUUAAAUAUUACUUUUACUUGAUAGUACAAUUUUCCCAAAGUUUAGAAGUAGUACUAGUGGUAAUAGUUAUAGCAUUAUUAUAAAAUUUAGUUUCAGUGCAUUGCUUAACUGCUUCAUUGGGAUUUCUCAGUAUUUUGAAAAUCUUUGCUACAAUUGAUUAGUGAUCUGUGUAACUGUUUGACUAAUUACAUACAUUAUACUUUUGCUGCCUCUUUGUUGCUGUACAAAGUGGCACACUAUGAAAAAUUAAAUAGAUUCCAGGAAUUUUUUAAUCAGCAUGAAUACUGCAAAACAGUUUUUUUUAAUACUAAUCUCAGUCAUUUGACAUCUUGUAAUGUGCUUAUGAUUUCAAAUGGUUUCAAGAACAUUCUCAGUUUUUCUCUCUAUUUAAUAGAGUAUAUUAGUACCCUUGUCUCUGCAACCCCUCCUUUUGGUAUUCUGUUUACUGAAGCUCACAGUGUUCACACAGAAUUAACAAUAUUAUUUGGCCGAAUAUAGAAAAUACUGAGACGUGGAAUUAUUCAUGAUAUGUAAAUUGUAAAUUUUAACUCUAUCCUUUUGUUGACCUUUCUAGCCUCACACACAUUUGAAAUUAUGGCCUAAGAGGGAUUUGUUCCAUAUAUUUGGCAUGUUUUCAGCUAUUUGUUUUGAUGGCAUUUUACAAACAUUCUUGUGAACUGAUGAUUUAACUAAAGACAUUUUUGUCAUAGAGAAGAUUUAUCAGACUGUGUCGAAUGUGAAUGCAUUUCUCAUGUUGCCUACACCACUGCAUUGUUACAGCUUUCUUUCUGAAUAGUGUUGAAACACUUUUUGAUAUCAUUGAACAGCUCAUUCCUCUAAACCGAGCGAGGUGGCGCAGUGGUUAGCACACUGGACUCGCAUUCGGGAGGACGACAGUUCAAUCCCGUCUCCAGCCAUCCUGAUUUAGGUUUUCCGUGAUUUCCUUAAAUCGCUUCAGGCAAAUGCCGGGAUGGUUCCUUUGAAAGGGCACGGCCGAUUUCCUUCCCCAUCCUUCCCUCACCCGAGCUUGCGCUCCGUCUCUAAUGACCUCGUUGUCGACGGAACGUUAAACACUAAUCUCCUCCUCCUCAUUCCUCUGAGUGAGUGUUCAUUGCCACCUUCAGGUAACUGCUUUGCUUUGCUUUGCUUUGCUUCUCAUCGAAGCAUUUUUCUUUAAAUCCAAAUACUGAUUUAUGUAGUGCAGUGCUGUUAGAAUUGCUUAUUUUCUUAAUAUAGGGAUCACGUACAUUGCUACAAGAAUUUCUGUUCCUGUUUCCAUAACACUGUCCUCAUUCUGUGAAGAAUAUUUCUGAAAACUAACCAUAAAUUGUAUGAUGAUAAAUAUUUCUCAAUCCUUACCACUGUUCUGUUUAUGAUGGCAAAUGAAGUUCAUUUAAAUUUGGUCAAUUCUGUCAUUAGUUAAACCUGUCCAAAUUAGGUUAAUAUAGGGCCACUUUCUUCAUUGUACCAUUAAUCUCAGUCCACUUCUCAUGUGGGUUUCUACCUCCUCUUUUCCCAACUAUCAGAUCAAGUAAAAAAUUGCUAUUCUUCCUGUCAUUCAUAAGUCUUUUAUCUAUUUAGUGAUAUGAAUACACAUUUUGUAGAGAUAAGUGGCAAUUUUAAUUAAAGUAAUACAUGAAAUAUGGGCAAAAUGAUUUUGCAUGAAGGUAAUAAGAUUUCAUUUUAUGUAGAGGAAAUAUGGUUUGAAUGUCAAAACACGGUGAAUAAUUUAAUUACUAAUGAUGUUGUUGUAGAGUUGGCAACAUAUCUGUUAAAAGGCUUAAAUUUAUGCUCAUCUCUGUGAAGGCUUAAAUUUAUGCAUGUAUCUGUGAUGUCUUCUAUCCUUACUCUCAUCUGUGAUAUUGCUGGCAUGCAUUUUUGUUUCUUAGUUAUGGUAUAGUGUUUCUACUAAUUUCUCUCAUUUGCUUCUAAGCUAUACUAAAUUUCUUGAGUGUUAGUACAAUCCUUUGACAAAAAUAUGCCAUGUCUUUGCAGUCAGUACUGGUAUCAUUAAAAUGUAACAGUCAGUGAUGAGCUUCCACUCCAGAUCAGUAAGAACCACUUUGAUACCACUGGUAUCACAUGAGAAUUUACAAAUUGAGUUAAUGGAUGUCAGAGGCUGAACAUCACAUUGAAUCUCCCUCUUCAGCAAUCACACUGUUAAAUGUUUUUGUUGAAGUUUGAUUUAUAAUGUGAAACAUAACAACAGCAUGUAUUCAGUGAAACCAGGAGGCCACAUUUUAUGAAAUUCCACCGACAUACAAUAGUGGAUAAGCUAUUGAUACAUAAUAUCUCAAUUGAGAAUCCUCUUUCACAAGUUCAGUCAUAUUUAAUUUUCUAAAACACAAUCUCAGUAUCAAUAUUGACUCUACAAAAAGGGGAAAAGAGAAAAGAAAAAGAACUUUAUUCACAUUUGAAAUAUACAUUAAAUUAAAUUGUAUCACUCAUGUUAUCAUAAUCUAUGUUAAAAUUACACAAAUCAAAGUAGUAAAUUUAAUUUUGUUACUUUGAAUUUCGUGUCCUACUGUUGUGGAUGCAUUUGAUAAGUUGAUUAUGCCUCUGGAUUUGCAUUACAUAAACUAACUUUCGCAGUUACUCAAUGGGCACUUCUCUCCAGAUAAUUUUUCCUCAUUUCCUCUCUUUGAGACUAAAAAAAAAUUAAUUCUAAAAUUUAACACCUUGAAAGUAGUUGUUAAUGAGUGUACUUGAAAACUCUGUAUUUACUGUGAUUGUGUGUAACAAUUGUAACAGUCUGGCAUUAUGCCUGAUAUGGUCCAGUGAUCUGCAAGAUGCAGUGAUGUUUUACUGUCUCUGGAGAGCGAGCAUUGAAGCUGUUGUUGGAAUCACAUGCACAGAUCUGAAAGGUAACAUUCUAAAAUAAAUGCUGUUGUAGUGUAAAAAAAAAAAAAUUGUGACCAUUUUUCCAGUAUUGAUGUAAUAAACAGGGAAGGUAUGAUAGUCCUGUUUCACUCAAAAUAUUCUGUAUGCUUGUUACCUGCGUCUAUUUUCUUCGUAUAUCCCAAAGUAUUUGUUUUGCAAACACAUUUCUUUAUAUGUAUGGAGAGAUGACAAACACUUUCUUCCAUAUAUUUUUAUUUUCAACCAUGGUUAACUUAAGUGUUUGAGGAGGCAGAAAGAUUUAAUAAAUACUCACCUUCCUCUGCAGGCCUGAAAUUUGUCUGAUGUCAUGAUGCAGGAAUUGUUUAGUACUUUUGAGCUGGAUACCCAGCAUAAAUUUUAUUUUGGCCUUUGCUGUACAUCAUGGUUUUACUUUUCUGCUUAUGAUCGCGUUGUUUCAUUUUCACGGAGAGAUUUUCAUGUAUUGUCAUAUUUCAUAGAGAGGUUCUACAGUUAUUUUGUAAAUUUUCAAAGCUACCUGAUUCAUACUCUAGAAUUUCCAUAUUUUAUAAGCUUUUUAAGCUUAAUUAUGUGGCAGUUAUUCUAAUCCUGUAAUCUGUUAUUGCAAUAAUGUGUGUCAGUCAAUUUCUGUCUUUGUGAUAAUUUAUGUACUGUCCAGUGUUUUGCAUUGUAAUUCUGGUUAAAAGGAGCGGUGUGGUGAAAUUCCUUGAACUCCAAAUCUACAGGUGAUUCCAAAUAGUUUUGUGCAGUCACUUACUGCACAACUAGAGACAAAAUUUGCAGUGUGGUUAUUUAAUAUGACAGAUUGUGUGCUGAACUCGGAUUACAUUAGACAAUUUAUUAAUGAUGUCAGAAUACUCCAAAAAUAUUAUGUAGGCAGUUUUCAAUAUUAUGCUGGAUGUAGGGAUAAAGUGAUGAAAUCUACACUGAAAAUAGUUUUUCAGUGUCGGGGGCGGUCACGUUGUUGGUAGAUAAAUAUUUUCAUUGGUGUUGUAGAGAACAAAACAAAAAUCUGAGUCAUGAAAAUGGUGCAGAAAUAUAUAUAUUUCUAGUUCAACAUUUCAUUAACGUUUUCUGAAGCGACAGUAUAUUCAUGUGGUGUCAUGCUGAUUUUGAGUGCACUGUAGUUUAUUUUACAAUAGCUGUGACUGAGACUGGGGAUUGAAGAGAGUAGCCACAUUUGGUAAAACUUUUCAGUGUUGCAUAAUUUUAUCCUUCAUCUGCCCUGAAAACAUCAUAUACUGCAUUACAAAUGGACAUUUCAUACACGCAUUUUAGAAUUCUAAAGGUAAAUAUUUACUCAUAAUGAUGCACAGUUGAUCAGUAGUUUUUAUGGCUCUGAAUCAUUUCUCUCUCUCUCUCUCUCUCUCUCUCUCUCUCUCUCUCUCUCUCUCUCUCUCUCUCUCUCUCUCUCUCUCUGUUUUGCAGAACACAAACAAUGUAAUUUUUCAUUUUGAAAUUAAUUUAGAAUUUGUGGUUUAGUCUUUCUCAUUUGAGUAGUUUCAGAGCUGUGUGGUUGGGUGGGUUUGCAUCUAUGCAUUGGUGCAUCUGUGAAAUAGCAAAAAUAUCUAAUUUUGUACGUUUAAAAUUAUAUGAAAUCACAUGUUCACAAGACUUCAUUUGUAAUAUGUUACUAUAUACUGUGUGUUGCUUUACUUUUAUUGGAAUAUGUGCAGUAGAAAUUAGUAUGGAAAUCUUUUGCCACGAUAAUUAGACUCUAAAAUAAAAUGGAAAACCACUUCAAACAUAAAACACAGUAUUGACGGUGGCUGCAGAUUCUCAUGUUUGAUAGUGUCAAAUACUGUGUUAGUGCUGAAAUAAAAGAAUUAACGUGUCUAGAACUGAUAAUAACCAAAAUUUGCCCAGUGAGUGGCAGUGUACCAUCCUCAAAGUGACAUUGUAUGGUCCAUGAUGGUUCAGUGUACUCUAGAGUGCAGUGUCUAUAUAUGCUGCAAAGCAUUAAAAAUUAAAGUUUAAUGGACUGCUCUAAGUUCCUUUUUGUCAGUGUUGUUUGAAAUCUCAAGUAUAUUGUCCAAUGUUUGUGCCACUGUAUUGUAAAUGUAGUAUUUGAGAACUUUUGUUAUUGCUAUGAUAUCUGUUUGUCUUUUUGACAUUCUGCAAUAGCUGUGUUACAUAGAGCACAUUAGUUUCACAUAAUAAGUCCUUCCCCACACACAUUCACACCCCUCUCCACCCUCUCUUCCCCCAACAGACAACUUCUGUUGUUCCUUGAGUAAGCAGAUUUUACAGCAAAAUACCAGGUAAUCAUUUUGAAUAUAUCAUUCUAAGUUUGUGUGACAUUAAUUUGCAGCAGCAAUAUAUUUCCUGAAAUACUGUUUCUUGACUGUUGAAUAACACAACUUUUUGUUUUCUUUUGUUUUCUUAUUAAAUUUUUGUGUCUGUAAAAGGUAAAAUAUAUUUCCAUUUAUAUGUAAACUUAUGGUGAAGUGACGAAUUUAAGAGAGAUUAUUGGUUACAAAAUUUUGCCCUACAUAAGAUGAUGUGUUUACUCUAUACCCAAAAUUGCUGAAAAAUAUUUUUCCCCAUUGGUAGCAAAUAUGUUUAAACAAGAGUUGUCUGAAAUUAUUUCUUAUACAAAAUUCAAAGCACAAUAGUGACACUGCUUAUUUGGCCCCUGUUUUUGGAUGAAUUGUAAACUAUAUACAAACAAAUCAUAGUAAAUUUUUUGAGUCCUGAGUAAUAGCCAUAAUAUGGACCUUGACAGUAAUAUAAGAAAUCACCAUUACCUGUUACCAAGAUGGUAUCAUUAAUUUCCCUCUGAUGUUUUAGAAUCAGUAGUUAAAAUAGAGCUGAGAUUAUAUUAUUGUUAGAAUUUAGAAAGAAAUGUUUAUAUGUGUGUCUUUGUUAAACAAUAAUAUUUUUAUGUAUGCUUUACUGUACAAUACCCAGCUUUAUAUUAUUUUGUUUUGCAGUAAAAUAAAAUUUUAUGUAAAUGUAUAAUAUUUUACAUGUGGCUUGUAAUUUUUCAUGCAAUAUUUGCACCAGUAUCAGUUGUUUCUUAGGCAGUUCCUGCACUAAUUACCAUUAUAUUAACCAAUCUCAAGCUUUCAAAGUUUAUCAUCAUUUUAGCCUUACAGCUAAUAAAUUGUUACUCUAAAUAAUAUAAGAAUGUUAUUUAUUUAUGCUGUGCUUCACUGUUUGAAACAUGGAGCUCUUCCAGUAAUACUGUACAACAGUGUUGUUACACAUACAAUUGAUGUUAUGAAACACCUGUGUCAUGAUUUAUUUUAAAGUAAUUUCCUGUAUUUUGUGUCGUUACAGUGUGAAGUAGGUAUCUGAUGCUACCAGCAUUAGUGCUUACAAUCGUAUGGUUUGUAUGGGGUGUUCACAGAGGUUUUUAAAAAUACCUCUGUCAUUAAAAUAUUGUAAUAAAGUAUUUUGUACAUUAUUAAA